GCUCGCAGACAGCUAGCAGGAAUGUUAGCUCAGCUGGCUUUUAUGUACCUCACCGUCCGCCAGUAUUUUGCCGCAAAGCAAAGUGAUUCGAUACUAUUUUAAAACGCAUAUCAAAAGCACAGUAGAAGAGACAACAAUGUAGUCGUUUCAGUUACGUUCUUGUAUCUAGAUGUAUAUUGGUUUAGUGCAUGUGCGUUCGUUUACGUUAAGUGUUUUUUCUGUUUUCAUCGCCGCACCCUCCGUAUUCAUUUUUUAUUGGGGGCAAGCUAGCUAACGUUUGCAGGGAGCUAACGCUAACGUUGGUCUGGACCAGGGCAGCAGGUGUAACGUUAUUUCAACAAGAGAAAGAUACGAACGAUUUCGCUGUUAGUCUGAAGUGCCAAGAAACCCUUUUGAUAUUUGUACAUUGCCCGAGAUUUAUGCCCCAUCUUCGUCCGGCUGUAGUUCAGUUAUUAUCUUAUUAAGCCUUUUAACGUCAGAUAGGCAUCACCAUCAUGACAGGUGAGAAGAUACGCACCAUGCGAAAGGACCAUAACAAACCGAAUAAAAAUGAAGAGAUAAUGGAUACCAACGAUGAUACCUCUAACGGGACUAUUACUAACGGUACCGGUAUCCAUUUAAAAUCUAACAAGGCUUUUCAGAAAUCAGUCAAAACCUCAGCACUGCAGCAGCAGCUUAAUGCAAACAACAUUAACGGGAAUUCAUCGUCGAUCGGCACCGUUGUCAAUGAUGACAAUAAAAACCCGAUCAUCCUGACCAGUGAGGACUUGGAGUUCCCUGUUCAUGAGUGCGUGUUCAAAGGAGAUGUACGUCGACUCUCCUCCCUCAUCAGGACCCAUAGCAUCUCUCAGAAAGACGUGCAUGGAAACACACCUCUACACCUGGCUGUGAUGUUGGGCCACAAAGAGUGUGCCCUCUUACUUUUGGCCCACAAUGCUCCUGUAAAGAUAAAGAACGCACAGGGAUGGAGCCCUUUAGCAGAAGCCAUCAGCUACGGUGACAGGCAGAUGAUCACAGCAAUACUGCGGAAGUUAAAACAGCAAUCCAGAGAGAGUGUGGAGGAUAAGAGGCCAAAGUUGCUGAAAGCUCUGAGGGAGCUUGGUGACUUUUAUCUGGAGCUGCAUUGGGACUUCCAGAGCUGGGUGCCUUUGCUAUCCAGGAUGCUACCAUCUGAUGCUUGUAAAAUCUACAAGCAGGGGAUUAAUAUCAGACUCGACACAACUCUUAUAGACUUCAAUGAUAUGAAGUGUCAGCGCGGAGAUCUGAGCUUCAUUUUCAACGGGGACGCAGCACCCUCCCAGUCCUUUGUGGUUCUUGACAAUGAGGCAAAAGUGUACCAAAGAAUACACCAUGAGGAGUCAGAGAUGGAAACGGAAGAAGAGGUGGAUAUUCUGAUGAGCAGUGAUGUCUAUUCUGCAACUCUGUCCACUAAGUCCAUCACCUUCUCUCGCAGUCAGAUCGGCUGGCUGUUUAGAGAAGAUAAAACGGAGCGGGUUGGAAACUUCCUGGCUGACUUCUAUGCAGUGAACGGGCUUGUGCUUGAGUCCCGAAAACGGCGAGAACACCUGAGCGAGGAGGACAUCCUGAGGAACAAAGCCAUCAUGGAGAGCCUGAGUAAAGGAGGCAGCAUCAGCGAACAAAACUUUGAGCCUGUGAGAAGGCAGUCGCUCACAGCUCCAGCACCCAACACAAUUUCUUGGGAGGAGUACAUCACUGCAGAGCAUGGAAAGCCUCCUCAUCUUGGUAGAGAGCUCAUGUGCAAGGAGAGCAAGAAGAACUUCAAAGCUACUGUAGCCAUGAGCCAGGAUUUCCCCCUAGGCAUAGAGUCGUUACUCAACGUGUUGGAGGUCAUAGCCCCGUUCAAGCACUUCAACAAACUCCGGGAGUUUGUGCAGAUGAAACUUCCACCAGGGUUUCCAGUCAAACUCGACAUCCCCGUCUUCCCCACCAUCACAGCAACUGUCACCUUUCAGGAAUUCCGCUACGACGAAUUUGAAGAAUCGAUGUUUGUCAUCCCCGCUGAAUACAAAGAAGAUCCCAGUCGCUUCCCUGACCUCUGACCUGCAAACACAACUGCCACAAACAGGAAAUGACCACUAAGCUUAAAUGUUAGGGAGGUGGGAAACAAAAUGAGGAAUCCUUUUACUCACAUGUAUUAUCCUAUCAGUUGUAUUUCUUUUUUUUUUUUUUUUUUUUUUUUUUUUAAAGGGAACUGAUCUCAGUGAUCAGUUGUCAUUCAUUUGCUGAGGGAUCCAAAGCAAAACAAUGCAAACAGAUUUUAUAGGGCGCUAUCGCACUUGUAUGCCUCAUUUCUUCUGCAUGGUAAGGCUCGAUUGGACUCAGCUUUUGCUGAAUUUUCUAGUGAAAAAAGUUGCAACCUGGUACUGUUUUUGUAUCAUCUUAUCUGAGGUUUUAAGCAGCCUGAGCUGUUAUCACAAAAUGAAAACAUUUCAGAAGACUGACAAGUAAAAGUGAAUAUAUGAUACAGGACGGCUUUCACCUUUAGUAAUGGGUUGGUUAGUUGGCAGCAGUGAUUCCAGCAUGUUCACAGUAAACACAUUUUAACACAUCACUUAAGUAUGUAGCGUAUUAAAGAUUCAUAUGUAGAGUUCAUUGAAAACUAUGUUGCAUUUAGUCCCUGCGUGUUUGUUUUGAUUAUACACAAACAGGCCACACAUAAAGGGUGCAGUGUAAAAUAAGUACAGUAUGUACUAGAACCAGCUCCAUGCAGGUAGAGUCAACAAGGGCCAAUACCUCACUGGUAGGAAAAGCGGCAAUAUAUGCAUAUCUGCAUUAUUUUUUAGUGAAAUAAGUGAUAGUUUUUAUUGUGAUUGCUGUUCAUCACCUGAGCAGUUACAGUACUGCUCUGAGCUGCUCUUCUCUCCUGUUAUAAGACACCUUCUGAACUCCUCAUUAUUACUGUUACUAUGAGCUCAAGCUCCUCUCGAAGGACUGACAACAUUUCUUUCAGCUGCACUGACACCAUCAUCUGUAGAUAAUUGCACAUCUCAUCUGUUAUUCAUAACGAAAAGAAUCACAAGUAUAACGUUAUCAUCAAACUGAGCUUAAUAUUCAUUUAUAAAUUCUGUACUAUAUAUAUAUAAAUAUAUAUAUAAAUAUAUAUACUCAAAGGAGUAACACUGUGUAGCAAUACAUUUCCAGUACUUAAGAAUGUUUUUAACCAGCUGGGAGACGGUUUAGCAUAAAAACACAUUCUUAACAGUUCAACCCCUGAGCCUUUUCCCCUGUACAGGACGCAGCCUCCUGUGUUUUCAGGUUCACUCAUGUUACCUCUCUGCUGUCUUCAUGUUUGUCGUGCUCGUAUGGACUCUGUGCUCCGUGUGAGUGAGUUAUAGUGACUGUAAAAAAGGUUGUUGUCUGUACGUUUGUGUGUGGGAGAACCCCGAUGGAACAUCAGGUAAACUGUAAUAAGUUUAAUACUGCACUGAUAUUAAGUAUAUUUAAGGCAUGCUAUGGCUGCAAUUGGCCAAGUGGAUCACAUGCAUCAUUAAGAUAUAUUCUCUAAACAUUUGUUAUAUUCCCUGCAGACUUGUUAUAUAGAUUAAAGAAAAACUGAAAAUUGUAACACUAAACUUUGAAACACCUUUUCAGUGCUUAUAAAAUCUCUCCUUGGUGGUAGUCUGCAAAUACUUUACUUUUUUAUCCAAGGAGAGUAAACUAAGCUGUGAAGUUGAUAUUGCAAAAAUUUCUAAAACUGUCCAGAAGGGAAAUGUUCUGAUCUAUUGAAUUGUCUCUGGCUUCAGUUAAUAUGUACUGCAACCAUACCUACUUCACAUCCCUUUAAUAAAGC